AUGGCUAUCCGGCGGCCCCGUCGGUACCACAUUUACGACUCCCUUCCCAAGCUGCGGCUCGAGAAGUGCUGGUUCUGCUCCAGCACCUGCUACCCAGGUCACGGGGUGACCUUUGUCCGCAAUGAUGCCACAGUCUUCCGCUUUUGCCGCUCCAAGUGCCACAAGAACUUCAAGAUGAAGCGCAACCCGCGCAAGGUGAAGUGGACCAAGGCAUACCGCAAGCUGGCGGGCAAGGACCUGGCGGAGGACGCCACCUUCGAGAUGGAGCGAAAGCGCAACCGGCCCGAGAAGUACGAUCGCGAGCUGGUGCACAAGGCGGUGGGCGCGCUGAAGAAGGUCACCGCCAUCCGCGCGACGCGCGAGGCGCGCCUGCACACGCUGCGCAAGUCCGCCGCGCGCGACGCGGAGAAGGCUGCCGACCUUCGCGAGCUGGAGCAGUCCAUCCACCUGAUCAAGGCGCCGGGCGUGCUAGCGCGCGAGGAGGAGGAGCGCCUGCGCGAGAGCGUGGAGGAGCUGCAGCAGACGGAGGCCAUGCAGGAGUGA